AUGUCUAACCGCCAUGUGCCGACAAGGCGCCUCAAAUCCGGCGUGCUCUUCUCAGCUCCAGACGACAUACUACGGGUUCCAUCUGAUGAAUCCACUCGACGUCCGAAAAGGAAAAAGUUCAACAAUAUCCGAAAGAUGAUUCCUGGUGUUCGGAAGAAGGGAGUAGGUGAAGAAAUGGCUCUGGACGCCAGUCCUGCCCUGGGCCACCAGGAAUCAAUCGCCAUGUUUGCUAAAUUCGUUGACCCUUCAUCCUAUGGCUCUUCAAAUCACCCAAACAACCCUCCAGUUUCCUCCCAAAAGAAAGAGACUUUAUGCCUUUCUGUACUUAAGGUAUCGUUGACGGCUACAGUCGAAGGAACCUUGGCACAUAUGGUGCUUAAGCAGAGCUUUUAUAACCCUUUAUAA